ACAUUAACGUCAACCUCUUUUAGUUGAAAGGAUUUGUAACGUGUUGUGAACAUAUUUCUCGAAAAUUGUGAAAGUUACCCAAUUCCGAUAAGAAACAAAACAAAAUCACUAUGGAAGAACUAAAAAGUGCUCGUUGGGCCGAUGAGGUUGAAUUGGAAGGAGGAGCAUUACCACCCUCAACUGAAGUCUAUGAGAAUGAUAUGAAAAUUUUAACCGAAUACAAAUACGAGGGAGAAAAAAAAGUAAAGAUAGUCCGUACGUAUAAAGUAGAGAAACGCGUUUUCUCCAAAUCAAUAGCGGUUAGGAAGACAUGGAAGAAAUUUGGAGAAAGUUCCAAUGAUAAGCCUGGACCAAACCCUGCCACCACAAUUGUCGCUGAAGAUGUUUACAUGCAGUAUAUUACUAAUAAGGAAGAAGAGAAUAAGCAAGAAGAUGAUGGAUUAGAUAAACUUAAGGCUUUGGGUGACAAAAAUGUUGUCAAGUGCAGACUUUGCAGUGGUGAUCAUUGGACUUCAAUGUGUCCAUGGAAGGCUACAGCUUUAGCUGGAGGAAAGGUUCCAGACGAUAAGAAGGGAUUAGGGGGUACAACCACAUCUACUGAUGCCUCUAAAACCGGCAAUAAAUACAUUCCUCCAAGUCUUAGAGGAGAGGGAGGUACCAGAACCCGAUCAGAAAACGUUAAUAUGAAUAGGCGAGACGAUGCUACCAUAAGAAUCUCCAAUCUUAGUGAAGACACUACAGAACAAGAAAUUGAAGAGCUUGUUAAAGAUUUUGGACCUAUUCACAAAUUGUUCUUAGCUAAAGAGAAGACAACUCAGCUUUGCAAAGGAUUCGGUUAUAUUCAUUUCAAAUUUAGAAAUGAUGCUGCUAAUGCUAUUAACGUUUUGAACGGAUUUGGACACAAUCACUUGAUCUUGGAUGUAGAAUGGUCAAAACCGCAAACCCAUAACAAUAACAAUUAAAAAGUAGUGUAAUAUAUAUUCAGUAUGGUAAUAAACAUCUUUUUAUUGCACUCUUUCA